GUGGCCGCCAUUAAAGAAAGAAAUCCAUGAAUUCAAAUGGAAACCAGGAGGAACAGAGACCGAAAUAAUGGUUAAAAUGACCGAAAAAAUAUAGUCCAACACCAGCUUUCGAAUGUUUUUUUACAAGAUGUUUUUCAUUUUUAAAUCAAAUUUGGUGGCGAUGGAGCAGUAGAGGGACGAUUUUAAGCAAAGACCGUUUUAAGCAAAGGGGGAGGGGGAGAGUUGCUUCUUUGCUCUCCUUUCCUUUUUGUUUUAAGAUCAUUUUCGCUUCUUUUAAAUUUUAACUUAACUUAUAGAAGUAUUUUAGCGUAGACGACGCGGGGAUUUAGGUGCUUUUAAUUUAAUAUCUGAUAUUUGCGGCGGAUGAGAAGAAUCGAAGGGGUUGUUGAAUUACAUUCCCCAACCGAUUGUUUAAAAAUAUUCUCGUUGUAGCUUAGCUAGCAAGCUAAAUACAUCUCAGAAAAUAUUUUUGAAAACCGUUCUUUCUUUCUUGGGAACUGAAAUGAUGGAGUGUGCGAUCUCGCAGUGAAAGGAUGAGUUCUUGUUUUGUACCGAACGGGGCCAGUCUGGAGGAUUGCCAUUCCAAUCUAUUCUGUCUGGCUGACCUGACUGGGAUUAAAUGGAAGAGGUACGUGUGGCAGGGCCCCACCUCGGCUCCCAUCCUGUUCCCGGUGACCGAGGAGGACCCCAUCCUGUGCAGCUUCAGCCGCUGCCUGAAGUCGGACGUGCUGAGCGUGUGGCGGCGGCACCAGACUCCGGGCCGCCGCGAGCUCUGGCUCUUCUGGUGGGGGGAUGACCCCAACUUCGCCGAGCUCAUCCACCACGAGCUGACAGGCGAGGAAGACGGGGUGUGGGAGAGCGGCCUGUCCUACGAGUGCCGCACGCUGCUCUUCAAGGCCAUCCACAACCUGCUGGAGCGCUGCCUCAUGAACCGCAGUUUCGUGCGCAUCGGCAAGUGGUUCGUCAAGCCCUACGAGAAGGACGAGAAGCCCAUCAACAAGAGUGAGCAUCUGUCCUGUGCCUUUACCUUCUUCCUGCACGGGGACAGCAACGUGUGCACCAGCGUGGAGAUCAACCAGCACCAGCCCGUCUACCACCUGAGUGAGGAGCACCUGACACUGGCGCAGCAGUCCAGCAGCCCCUUCCAAGUGAUCCUGAGCCCAUUCGGGCUGAACGGGACUCUGACCGGCCAGUCCUUCAAGCUGUCAGACCCCCCCACGCAGAAGCUCAUCGAGGAAUGGAACCAGUUCUAUCCCAUCAGCCCCAGCGCCAAGGAGAGCUCGGAGGACAAGAUGGAGGACAUGGACUGGGAGGACGACUCCCUGGCCGCGGUGGAGGUCCUCGUUGGUGGUGUUCGAAUGGUGUACCCAGCCUGCUUGGUGCUGGUCCCUCAGUCCGAUAUCCCUGCCGUGACCCCUAUGGGGUCCUCCCACUGCACAGCUGUCUAUUCGGGUGGCCACCAAGUGCCUGCUUCCCAACGAGACCCUGCCAUCUCCUCGGUCACCCUGACUCCUCCUACAUCGCCCGAGGAGGCCCAGACAGUAGACUCCCAGUCGGCGCAGAAGUGGGUGAAAUUCUCCUCGGCGUCGGACGUCUUCAGCACGGACAGCACCAGCCACCACGGCGGCAAGAUCCCGCGCAAGCUGGCCAGCCAGGUGGUGGAGCGGGUGUGGCAGGAGUGCAAUAUCAACCGAGCCCAGAACAAGCGGAAGUUCUCAGCGACGGCCAAUGGCAGCUGCGAGGAGGAGACCGCAGACAAAGUGGGCUCCUGGGCUUUCGUGGAGCUGACGCAGAGGUCCAACUGCAACUGCUCAAGGCAUAAAAACCUGAAGCAGCGAGCAGGCAGCACCCCGGGGCAGCCCCAGUCCGCCGGCCAGCCCCCCCAGCCGCCCCCCAAGCACAAGGCGGCAGAGAAGCCGGAGAAGGCAGAGAAGCAGCAGAAGAGGCCGCAGACGCCGUUCCACCAUCGCAGCUCGGCCUGCGAGGACGCGGCACUGGAGCCCGACGCCGCCGGCCAGCGCCUGGGCAUGCGGGGGCAGGAAGGGGCCCGCUUCUCCGGCCUGCGCCCUGCCGACGUAGUGGUCGCCUCUACCGUCGCCAAGACCCCCCAGCUGCACGCCGGGCCGCCCGAGAUGCCCGGCUCCCCCCAGCCCCCUCCGCUCAGCCCCCACCCCUGCGAGCGAGGGGAGGAGGCCGGCGAAGCCAUGAAGAACCCCGCCACCCCCCACAACCAACACUUCUACCAGCCCGCCUCCGAGCCCUGCCUGGCGCCCCCUAAGGGCCCGGAGGACCCCCGCCUGGACGGCCUGGCCCAGCCCUUCCACCCGGCCUACCCCGAGCCCCUGGAGCCCACGGUCUACGUGGGCGCGGCCGUCAACCUGGAGGAGGACGCGGCCCACGCCCCCUGGAAGUUCUUCAUCCUGCCACAGAAGAAAGAUGCCGACUGCCCCACACCGCAGUUGCCCGGAGACAAGCUGAGGGAGGAGCCAGCAGGGCAGGAUGCCGUUGUGUCAGUCACAGAGGUGAUGUCCACCUCCAAGAAGCCUCUGAAAGUGUCUGAAGAGCUGGUGCACAUGUAUGUGCAGAGGAGGAACCAGUACCUCUCUGCCGCCAUCUCCGACGGCGACCACGAGCCAGAGGUGGACCCCUAUGCCUUCGUGGAGGGGGACGAGGAGUUCUUGUUCCCGGACAAAAAGGACAAGCAGGGCGCAGAGAGAGAGCCCGGGAAGAAACACAAGGGGGAGGACAGCGGAUCGGGCCCUACAGAUGACACCCAGCGCGCUGGGGCCCACAACCGCACCACCUCCACCAGCCUGAUCCACGAGACCGACCUGGCCGUGUCCAUCAACGACCUGGACAACCUCUUCAACUCGGACGAGGACGAGCUUGCGCCUGGCUCAAGACGGGCUGCCAGCGGGACGGACGAGAAAUCCGGCAAUAAGGAACCGAAGCCAGCGACGCUCGACUCUCUCCCGUGCAUAAGUACGGCAGACCUGCACCAGAUGUUCCCCACCCCCCCCUCCCUGGAGCAGCACAUCAUGGGCUACUCCCCCAUGAACAUGGGCAGCAAGGACUAUGGCAGCAUGGACGCGGUGACCGGCACGACCCUGCUGGACGGCUCCUCCUCGCUGGGCGGCCAGUUCAAGAUCGAGGUGGAGGAGAGCUUCUGCAGCCCCAAGCCAUCUGAAAUCAAGGACUUCUCCUUCGUCUACAAGCCCGAGAUGUGCCAGGCGUUCGUGGGCUGCUCCAUGUUUGCCCCCCUCAAGGCGCUGCCCAGCCAGUGUCUGCCGCCCAUCAAGCUGCCAGAGGAGUGCUUCUACAGGCCCAGCUGGACCGUGGGCAAACUGGACCUGCUGAACCCCGUGCCCCCCAUGACCUUCCUCAACAAGGACAGCAACAUACCGAGUGUGGGCAGCGCCAUGGACCAGGAGUACAACCAGACGUACACGCCCCAAACCCACACGCCCUUCAUGUCCAACAGCGCGCCUCCCAGCAACAGCGGCGCGGGCAUCCUCCCCUCGCCCGCCACGCCCCGCUUCUCUGCCCCCACCCCCCGCACGCCCCGCACUCCUCGCACGCCCCGCGGCCCCUCCAGCGUCCAGGGCUCCCUCAAGUACGAGAACUCGGACCUGUAUUCGCCCGCCUCCACACCCUCCACCUGCCGGCCGCUCAACUCGGUGGAGCCGGCCACCGUGCCCUCCAUCCCGGAGGCCCACAGCCUCUACGUCACCCUCAUCCUGUCCGAGUCCGUCAUGAACCUCUUCAAGGACUGCAACUUCGACAGCUGCUGCAUCUGCGUCUGCAACAUGAACAUCAAGGGCGCCGACGUGGGCGUCUACAUCAGCGACCCCAACUGCGAGGUGCAGUACUCGUGCACCUGCGGCUUCAGCGCAGUCAUGAACCGCCGCUACGGCAACGGCUCGGGCCUCUUCCUGGAGGACGAGCUGGACAUCAUCGGCCGGGGCUCGGACGUGAGCCGGGAGGCGGAGAAGCGCUUUGAGGCGCUGCGCAGCGCCUCCCUGGAGCGGGCCAGCAGCCUGAAGGAGCACGUGCCCGACGAGCUCAUCCUGCUGCUCCAGGACCAGUGCACCAACCCCUUCUCUCCCAUCUCGGCCCUGGAGCCCGAUGGCCCGACGGCCAGGGCCCCCGGGGCCGCCCCGACCUUUGUGCGCGUGGAGGAGCGCGACUACCACAGCGACUGCUACCUGGCGCUGGAGCACGGCCGCCAGUUCAUGGACAACAUGUCCGGCGGCAAGGUGGACGAGACCCUGGUCAAAAGCACCUGCCUCCACCACUGGGCCAAGCGCAACGCGGUGGAUGUCAGCACGCUGUGCUCCCAGGACGUCCUGCGCAUGCUGCUGUCCCUCCAGCCGGUGCUGCAGGACGCCAUCCAGAAGAAGAGAACGGUGCGCUCCUGGGGGGUGCAGGGUCCCCUCACCUGGCAGCAGUUCCACAAGAUGGCUGGCCGGGGCUCCUACGGCACAGACGAGUCCCCGGAGCCGCUGCCCAUCCCCACCUUCCUGGUGGGGUACGAGUACGACUUCGUGGUCCUCUCGCCCUUCGGACUGCCCUACUGGGAGAAGCUGCUCCUGGACCCAUUCGGCUCCCAGAGGGACGUGGGCUACCUGGUGCUUUGCCCCGAGAACGACGCCCUGCUGAACGGUGCCAAAACCUUCUUCAGGGACCUGACGGCCAUGUACGAGUCUUGCAGGCUCGGCCAGCACCGGCCCAUCUCCAAAGUGCACUCAGAUGGCAUCGUGCGUGUGGGAGGCGCUGCGGCCAAGAAGCUGGCGGAGCAGCCAGUGAGUGAGUGGUUCCUCAAGGCCGCCAGCAGCAACAGCGACUCCUUCGCCAAGCUCAAGCUCUACGCCCAAGUGUGCCGGCACGACCUCGCUCCGUAUCUUGCCGCGCAGUCUCUGGACAGCUCUUUACUCACACAGCCCAACCCCCUUCCUGCAUCCAGCCAAUCCUCAUCCACGCAGCCCCCGAGCUCCACCUCGGCCGGUGCCCAGAGCGGGCCGGCUCCCGGUGGCUCCGCCCUCCCCAACAGCAGCACCAGCACUGCCCUGCCCACCACUGCCAGCGGCACGCCUUCCUCUACCCACUCGUCCUCAGGCUCCCAGGGCAUGGGCAGUAACAUGCAGUCCGCCAAGCCCGGCUCCUUCGCCCCCUUCGGGGCCAUGGGCGUGCAGGGCAGCGGCUCCCAGAGCGGGCAGCUAGGGCAGCAGGCGGGCGGGCAGAACACGGGCGGCUCAGGGGACAACGCCACCGGCACUGCCCAAACUCAGGGGCCCACCGAACCCCCAGAGAGCACCAUGGAACGAGAGAAGGUGGGCGUGCCCACGGACGGCGAGUCCCACGCCAUCACGUACCCGCCGGCCAUCGUGGUGUACAUCGUGGACCCGUUCUCGUACGAGGAGACGGAGGGCUCCGCGCACUCCAACGUGUGGAAGCUGGGCCUGCUGCGCUGCUAUUUGGAGAUGCUCCAGUUUCUCCCCCAGCACAUCAGGAACGCGGUGUCCGUGCAGAUAAUUCCCUGCCAGUACCUGCUGCAGCCGGUGAGGAACGAGGAACGCCACAUCUACGCCCAGCACCUCAAGUCUCUGGCUUUCUCCGUCUUCUCUCAGUGCCGCCGCCCCCUGCCUGCUUCCACGAACGUCAAAACACUGACGGGCUUCGGCCCCGGGCUCGCCCUCGACAACUCCCUCAAGAGCCCCGAGAGACCCGAGUGUUUGCGGCUCUACACACCACCAUUCAUCCUGGCGCCUGUGAAGGACAAGCAGACGGAGCUGGGCGAGACGUUUGGGGAGGCCUCCCAGAAGUACAAUGUGCUCUUCGUUGGCUACUGCCUGUCCCAUGACCAGAGGUGGCUUUUGGCCACCUGCACUGACCUCUAUGGGGAGCUGCUGGAAACCUGCAUCAUCAGCAUCGAUGUGCCCAACAGGGCCCGGAGGAAAAAGGGCUCUGCCCGGAGACUGGGCCUUCAGAAGCUGUGGGAUUGGUGCCUGGGGCUGGUGCAGAUGACAUCGUUGCCCUGGAGGGUGGUUAUUGGCCGACUCGGGAGGAUAGGUCAUGGAGAGUUGCGAGAUUGGAGCAUUCUGCUCAGCAGGCGCAAUCUGCAGUCGCUCAGCAGGAGGCUGAAGGAGAUGUGCAGGAUGUGUGGCAUCUCCGCCGCAGACAGCCCCAGCAUCCUCAGCGCCUGCCUGGUUGCCAUGGAGCCCCAGGGCUCCUUCAUCAUCAUGCCAGACUCUGUGUCCACGGGCUCCGUGUUUGGCCGCAGCACCACGCUGAACAUGCAGACUUCCCAGCUGAACACGCCUCAGGACACGUCCUGCACGCACAUACUGGUCUUCCCCACCUCCGCCUUCGUCCAGGUGGCCAGCUCCAACUACACUACUGAGAACAUAGACAUUGCCUUCAACCCCCCUGAUGGAUCAGACGCGAUUGGCAUCUUUGACCUGCUGGAGUCGGAGAACGACCUGGUGGACCCCGACAUCAUCAACAUCCUGCCGGCCUCCCCCACCACCUCACCUGUGCACUCGCCAGGCUCUCACUACCAUCACGGAGGAGACGGCAGCAAGGGACAGAGUACGGAUCGCAUGGAAUCUCAUGAUGAAGCUCCCAACAUCCUCCAGCAACCCCUCGCUCUGGGCUACUUUGUGUCCACAGCCAAAGCCGGUCCACUGCCCGACUGGUUUUGGUCUGCCUGUCCCCAAGCGCAGAACCAGUGUCCCCUUUUCUUAAAGGCCUCUUUGCAUCUCCACGUGUCUUCAGUGCAGUCCGACGAGCUGCUGCACAGUAAACACUCCCACCCCCUCGAUUCCAACCAGACCUCAGAUGUGCUCAGAUUUGUGCUUGAGCAGUACAACGCCCUCUCCUGGCUGACGUGUGAUCCGGCAACGCAGGACAGGCGCUCCUGUCUGCCCAUCCACUUCGUGGUGCUGAACCAGAUGUACAACUUCAUCAUGAACAUGCUGUAGCGGACAGAAGCAAGAACCAGCCGGGGGCAGGGGACCGGGCCGGGAUGCGGGUGGGGUAGAACAGCUGGGCGCUAAAAAAGGGAUUUUAACCUGUCAGAUUACUACAGUGCUGGACUUUAUAUGAGUUUGGAACUCUUCCCCAAUGCAAGUGGACACAUGCGACAGAUGUUCCAGAGAGCUGGUACCACGGAGGUCACGAGGCCGGCUCUUGUGUCACUGUCACCCGAAAGAGACCGCUAGAGUGCGGGAAUGGCUACAGAGGAACGAGGCCAGUGAUGAGAGGGACCCCCCAUCUGCACUCUUGGCAUUUGUCAUCAUAUCAUCGCAAUCGGCCAGUCCACGUUCAGCGUGUCUGUCACAAGUAUUGGAAGAAAAGGGACAUUCGUGAAUGAAGCCAACUAAUUGACUCUUCGUAAAGACCUGAAAUUCCUGUCUUUGGAUGAAAUUGUAUCCAAAUGAAAU